AUGAGAUUGUCUUCCCUUUUUCUGACCUUGUUCUUGAUUUUCGUGGGCUUUGAAGCCAAGAUAAUUGUGAAGAGAGCGGCCGAAGGCAAGGUCCGCGGCUGCUAUCUAACGAACUGGGCGCAGUAUCGCCCAGAGCCCGGGAAAUGGACCAUCGACAAGUAUGAGGCCGGUGUUUGCACCCACAUCUUUUACGCGUUUGCUAAAACCGAUGCCUCGGGCAAUAAUCCUGCGCCAACCGAGCCCUCGGACUUAACGAAGGGCUACAAGGACCUCAAGGGGUUGAAGAACCACCAAAAGGAUCUGAAGCUCAUCCUGUCGUUUGGAGGCGCUAGUUUUGGUGAUUUUGCAAGUAUCGCGAGCAGCGAUCAGAACAGGAAGAACUUUGCCAAAAAUGCCGUGGCUUUCGCGAAGAAGAAUGGGUUUGACGGAGUGGAUAUUGAUUGGGAAUUCCCGACCGCCGAGCAAAAAUCUGAAUUCACGCAACUCAUCAAGGCCGUUAAAUCAGAAGCCGGAAAAGAUUUCUUGGUCACGGCGGCUGUCUCGCCAAACUCCAAGACAGCCGCUAAGAUCUAUGAUUUUAACCAGCUGAAGGACUCUCUGGACUUCCUGAACAUCAUGGCCUAUGAUUUCUUUGGCUCAUGGACCAAGGAAACUGCGCAAAAUGCGCCAUUAUACGGAACCGGGAUAUUCAAUGUGGAUAAACUCACACAGUUUUAUAAAAAGGUGAGUUUGAGUGGGUAGAUCGGCAAAAGCAAUGGCUGCAUGGCUUCUAGACCACUUUUAGUCAAUUGUAAAGAAACCUGACUACAUGCGUUAUGUUUAAAACGCGUUUUGCCACACUUUGGGGCUUAGCCUAACAGGGGGCGGACAUUGUUAAAAUCGGUGUCUCAGAAUUUAACGAAACUUGGUCAAUCUAAUCAACACUAGACAUAGAACAUUCGCUUUCUUUGUUUUUGCCCAAAAUUACCGUACGACGGAUUACUGUAAGUUUCUUCCCCAAAAAAGAUGUGCCCUGAUCGAGAAAACGAAGCUCAGUUUUAGUGCAAAUCGAGUUUAGGUGUAUGUUUUCGACCAUGUUGAACAUUUUUGUAAUUAUCACCAAAAACUAAAAAUUACAUCUAAGCUAUGUUACACUUGAGGCAACAUACCAUUUCGGGUGUAAAAGUGCAGUUUUGAGGUGACGCAGAUUUUGAAACCGGAAUAUUAAACUUCAAGCCUUGUCUAAUAAAACAUAAAAAUUUCAGAAAAAUCAAAUGUAUAGUUUUUGAGAAAUUGGACAUUGAAUGACUCAUGUGCAAUAUCACCUUGACCCGAAAAAAACUGGCAUUCCUGGGGUUUUGACCUGACGCAGAUUUUGAAAGUUUCCAAUACAUUUUUAUCACUAUUUAGGAGGAUUUGGAAAGUUUCAGAGGAAAAAAAUGUAUAGUUUUUGAGAAAUCGGCCAAAAUACCUUGUUUUAGGUCAUCAGAUGCCCGAAAAAAACUGGCAUUCUUGGGGUUUUGACCUGACGCAGAUUUUGAAAGUUUCCAAUACAUUUUUAUCACUAUUUAGGAGGAUUUAGAAAGUUUCAGAGGAAAAAAAUGUAUAGUUUUUGAGAAAUCGGCCAAAAUACCUUGUUUUAGGUCAUCAGAUGCCCGAAAAAAACUGGCAUUCUUGGGGUUUUGACCUGACGCAGAUUUUGAAAGUUUCCAAUACAUUUUUAUCACAUUUUAGGAGGAUUUGGAAAGGUUCAGAGGAAAAAAAUAUAUAGUUUUUGAGAAAUCGGCCAAAAUACCUUGUUUUAGGUCAUCAGAUGCCCGAAAAAAACUGGCAUUCUUGGGGUUUUGACCUGACGCAGAUUUUGAAAGUUUCCACUACAUUUUUAUCACAUUUUAGGAGGAUUUGGAAAGUUUCAGAGGAAAAAAAUGUAUAGUUUUUGAGAAAUCGGCCAAAAUACCUUGUUUUAGGUCAUCAGAUGCCCGAAAAAAACUGGCAUUCUUGGGGUUUUGACCUGACGCAGAUUUUGAAAGUUUCCAAUACAUUCUUAUCAUAUUUUAGGAGGACAUGGAAAGUUUCAGAGGAAAAAAAUGUAUAGUUUUUGAGAAAUCGGCCAGAAUACCUUGUUUUAGGUCAUCAGAUGCCCGAAAAAAUCUGGCAUUCUUAGGUUUUUGGCUAGGCGCAGAUUUUCAAAGUUUCCGAUACAUUUUUAUGACAUUUCAGGAGGAUAUAGAAAGUUUCAGAGGAAAACAGUGAAUAGUUUUUGAGAUAUCGACCAAGGUGAACCUGUUAUAGGUCAAGUUGCUGGAAAAUUCGACCAAUUUUCUUGGGCAUCUCUUUUUUUCGAGAUACAUGCGUGUUACUGUUUUUUUCUCCAAAUUGUCACUAAUAAAUUCGAGCUCUCUGCAAAACUUUUGUCAAAUGUAAGCCGAUGGCUACGAUUCUGUGUUCUGAUGACCUAAAACAAAGUAUUUUGGCCGAUUUCUCAAAAACUAUACAUUUUUUUCCACUGAAACUUUCCAAAUCCUCCUAAAAUGUGAUAAAAAUGUAUUGGAAACUUUCAAAAUCUGCGUCAGGUCAAAACCCCAAGAAUGCCAGUUUUUUCGGGCAUCUGAUGACCUAAAACAAGGUAUUUUGGCCGAUUUCUCAAAAACUAUACAUUUUUUUCCACUGAAACUUUCCAAAUCCUCCUAAAAUGUGAUAAAAAUGUAUUGGAAACUUUCAAAAUCUGCGUCAGGUCAAAACCCCAAGAAUGCCAGUUUUUUUCGGGCAUCUGAUGACCUAAAACAAGGUAUUUUGGCCGAUUUCUCAAAAACUAUACAUUUUUUUCCUCUGAAACUUUCCAAAUCCUCCUAAAAUGUGAUAAAAAUGUAUUGGAAACUUUCAAAAUCUGCGUCAGGUCAAAACCCCAAGAAUGCCAGUUUUUUUCGGGCAUCUGAUGACCUAAAACAAGGUAUUUUGGCCGAUUUCUCAAAAACUAUACAUUUUUUUCCUCUGAAACUUUCCAAAUCCUCCUAAAUAGUGAUAAAAAUGUAUUGGAAACUUUCAAAAUCUGCGUCAGGUCAAAACCCCAAGAAUGCCAGUUUUUUUCGGGCAUCUGAUGACCUAAAACAAGGUAUUUUGGCCGAUUUCUCAAAAACUAUACAUUUUUUUCCUCUGAAACUUUCCAAAUCCUCCUAAAUAGUGAUAAAAAUGUAUUGGAAACUUUCAAAAUCUGCGUCAGGUCAAAACCCCAGGAAUGCCAGUUUUUUUCGGGUCAAGGUGAUAUUGCACAUGAGUCAUUCAAUGUCCAAUUUCUCAAAAACUAUACACUUGAUUUUUCUGAAAUUUUUAUGGUUUAUUAGACAAGGCUUGAAGUUUAAUAUUCCGGUUUCAAAAUCUGCGUCACCUCAAAACUGCAUUUUUUACACCCGAAAUGGUAUGUUGCCUGAAGUGUAACAUAGCUUAGAUGUAAUUUUUAGUUUUUGGUGAUAAUUACAAAAAUGUUCAACAUGGUCGAAAACAUACACCUAAACUCAAUUUGCACUAAAAUACAACUUCGUUUUCACGAUUAGGGCACAUCUUUUUUGAGGAAGAAAGUUACAGUAAUCCGUCAUAUGGUAAUUUUGGGAAAAAUUAAAGAAAGCGAAUGUUCUAUGCCUAGCAGUGAUUAAAUCUACCAAGUUUCGUUGAAUUCUGAGACACCGAUUUUAACAAUGUCCGGGCCAAACUACGAUUUGUAAUAAAACGCGUUUUAAAAUACCAAAAGAUUCGAUUUAAUGCAAGAUUUUGCAGAGUUUCCCCGCCAAGAAGAUUCUCCUCGGGAUCCCAACCUACGGCCGCGGAUGGACGCUGGCCUCGUCCAAUCCCAAUCAAGGCCCCGGAUCUCCGGCGCCAUCGGCUUCCAAAGCCUUGCCUACCACCAAGACCGAUGGAGUUCUUGCUUACUACGAGGUGUGCCAAGUUCUUAAACAAGGGGCCAAGGAAAAAUGGGAUGAUAAGUCUAAAACUCCAUAUGCCCAAAAGGGAAAUCAGUGGUACAAUUAUGACAAUGAGAAGUCAGUCGAGGAGAAGGCCAAGUACGCCAAAAGUAAUGGGUUGGGCGGUGUGUUCGUAUGGACUUUGGAUUUUGAUGACUUCAACAAUGUUUGCAAGAAAGAGAAGUUCCCGUUAUUGAAGGCCAUCAAAAAGGUUUUGGGCUAA